AUGGACCUGCCCCAGGAAAUGAUGAUGGAGAUCCUAAUAAGAUUGCCCGUCAAAUCCCUGUUGAAAAUCAGAUGUGUUUGUAAAGCUUGGUGUGGUUUGAUCAAAAGCCCCUCCUUCAUUGAUAUGCAUCUGAGGCGUUCCGGGAAUAAUAAAUAUGUCAUGCUCAAGCGCUACAUCGAGCACGAGAACCAAACCAUGAUAUCCUUCCAUUCCAACAAUGAUGAAGCAGAAAAAUCUCUAUCUCUAUGUCUUCGUUCACCCAUAGAGGUUACUUGGUUUUACCAUCGCAAUCUUGAAGCUGCCCACUUGAUUGGUCCAUGCAAUGGCAUCGUUUGCAUUACCGAUGGCAUGGACAUAUAUCUCUGUAAUCCUGCCACUCGUGAACUAAGGAAACUUCCUCCCAGCCCCUUUGGAUGCCCUGAAUAUUAUCGUCCUAUCACAGAUGGUGUAGGAAUCGGAUUUGAUCCAUCCACCAAUGAUUACAAGGUUGUUAGGAUUCUGUAUUGGGAUGCUAUAGAGUAUAGGCCUGACCAUCAAUACCAAGCUGAACUAUACUCUCUCAACACAAAUUCUUGGAGAGAAUUAAGAGAUGUGAUCUUGCCCUUCUAUCAUUUAUUUGCCCGAUGCAACCUGUUAUUUCAGGGGCGCUUCCACUGGCGUGCCUGGCAUGCCUUGGCUCAACCCUGCGACACUGACUGUAUCCUUUCUUUUGAUAUGAGGGCCGAGGUGUUUGACGUGAUCCACUACCCUCCUAGUUGUGUUGGAGAUUUAGGUCUUGUUGAAAACAAAGAACCCAGUUUUGUUAGCUUAAAUGAUUCCUUGGCCUUGAUUUUAUGCACCUCCUUGCCGGAGGAGCACCCAGCCCCUCCACAGAUCAUUGAUAUAUGGGUAAUGAUGGAGUACGGGGUCGAAGAGUCUUGGACGAAGAAAUUCUCCCUGGGGCCUUUUACAAUUGGAAUUCGUCGUCCGCUCUGCCUUUGGAAGGAUGACAAGCAACUUCUUCUGGAGAGUAGAUCCGGGCAGUUGAUUUCAUGCUCUCUCCUCCCGGAUGAGCUGGAAGCAACAGAAAUCAAGGAGCAUGACAUUUUCGAGUCUUCAACCUUGCUUGAAGGUCGAAUUUAUGCUGAAAGUCUAGUUUCACUCAACCCUAUAUAUAUGGAAGAGGCCAUCAUCGAAUGA